AUGUCUGAUGCUAUCAAAUUCGAUGCAUGCCUGCUGAGUAAAAAUAUUGCAACUAAUAUCUUUUCAUCCAUCUCCUAUAAUCAACCAGCGGAUAUACUAAAUAAACAGUCAGAAAACAGAGCCGGGGAUGACUAUUCCAAAGCUGACCGAACGGACGACCAGACCAGACAAGCAUAUCAGGAAGGACCUCUCAGUGCCUUACCAUGCGGCCAACCAUCGCCAUACCUGUCAGUGAAUAAGAGACACCAAGAAAAGCUCGACAGAACUGCUGACAUCUGCUGUAAGCUGACCGAACAAUCGUUUGGUAAUGAGGAAGACCUUCAACAACAAAUGAAGCGAAUUCACUCCGGUGGAGUUUAUAUGCCUCUCGGAACAUCGAGACAUCCAGUGCGAGAAUCUGAGCCGUGA